CCUUUCUUCCUUUGUUCCUUUCUUUUCCUUUCUGUCGCUGCUCCUUUCUUCCUUUGUUCCUUUCUCACUUCCUUCCACUUUCUUUUUGUGUCUAUAAUGUUCUCUUUUUAUGGUUGCUUUACUAUUUUGUUGGUGUCUGUCUUCUUUUCCUUUAUUGUUUUCUUUGUUUAUUUGGUUUCUGUGUUUUCCUUUGCUUCUUUUGUUUUUGCGGUGCAAAAGAACGACCACGCAGUGAAACAAUCACACAAAACAACUUCAUGUCGCAGCAUCGUUCUUGCCUGAAACGUUCUUGCUUUAUGUGUUCUUGCGCUAUAGGCCCUACAACUGCGAGCUGUGAAACGCUUGCUUUUGAUGGAUCUUUUGGUCCCGACCUUUUUGUUUCACAGUUUCACAAAACGACUACAACAUCAAGCAAAAAGUUCUGGCUGCUCUUGCUGCUUUCUAUGUGCGCAGCUCUACUUGUUAUGGCAUCUCAGCUCUAUUUGUGAUGGCAUCAGGUCUUGCGUGUUUUGUCUUGUUGACAUAGAACGAAAGCAUUCAAGGCAUUGUGUAGCAGUUUGCAUUGCAGUGUCCAGCAUGCAUGUCUUGCUGUUGAGGCUUUUGGUCUUGCAUGUUUUUAGUUGAUAUAGGUUCUUGCAACUUGUGUGGAACUUGGAAAGCGUUUCAAGUUCAAGUCACAAGUGUAUUGGUCUAGUCUGGUGCCCCGCACCAAGUAUGUCCAGUCUAGAUGUUGCCUUGGAGCAGCAAAGCAAUGCUGCCAAAACAAAACUGAAAGAACGUGCCGGCAAAUCACGAUUGGUCGCAGACAGCAGCACUGGAGUCCGAGACAUUCAGAACGUGCUGAGAAACUUCCUCACCUACAAAGAAACUAGUGACCUGCAUGCUUUGAUCUCCAGGAAAAUUUGUGAAGCUCACCUGGAAGUCUCAACCAGACCCAGAGUACAUGGUGAAAAUGGCGAACCUUUGCUACGACUUGGCUGUCAUUGCCCCAAACUCUAAACUUGCAGGGAAAAAAAUCAGGGAAGCUUUGCAAAAGCUUCUUGACCUUGGUGAAGUCAGAAACACAACCGAGCGAGAGAACAAAUCCUUCAUUGACAACUCGGACCUCCUGAUUCGAAUCGCUAUGGGGAUGUUUCGAUCUUUAAAGUAUGACCUGCUUAAGAAAGAUCAAGUUCUGAGGAGGAUUGGUAGCCCGGAUUCCAACAAGAUCAAACUUGUGUUGGAGCGAUUGAUCCUUCCAACGGAUUAUGAUGGAGGGGUCAGUGAUGGUGAAGAAGAUGCCACUGCUUGGGCGGCGGCAGACGGUGGUGGUUCUCGCAGUGAUCUCGCCCUCCCUCUCCAGGAUGCACAGGACUUUGACAUCUCUGAAUUUGAGAAGAUCAGCAGCAAUCAGCUUCAGCCUUUACCUCAUGCUGCCCCAGCUACACCUACAAAAGGUCCAACUUCGUCCAAUUCUGUUGGCUUCAGCCCCGAUGCAUCGAAAACAGAGCCUCAGGGCAGAUUCACCGGAAGUUCGGCAUCCUUUCGCAUGAGCCGACUUGAGUUGGGACCCCCAUCACCUGUGAAGCGCAAGUUGAACCUAGAUGAGAAGUUGCUUUAUGAAGCAGAGGGCCACAUCCCAAAGAAGGCAGUGCCAAAGUCGAAGGCAGGGCCCAUGAAGAGGCCAGCCAUCAAGCGUCCACCAUCCUCUCUCCCUCCAACCAACUCUCAUGAGCCUAAUGAAGUUCCUGGUGAAGGAGCAGUUGGUCAUGCUGAUGAUGGCGAUGAACGAGGUGAUGAACCGCCCACUAAGCUGAUGUUCCGGAAGAAUGUCCACAGCAGGGCCUACAACAAGGAAAAAAAUGCACAACUCAAGGGAGGCGCUGACCUCGAAACUGCGAAGGAUGCUGCCCGUUCCGCUGGUGCUGCUGCUGUGCGAGAGGCUGAGGCACAAGGUCUUCUUGAGGAUUGAGUGGUAGAUUUGUAUGCAAAUGUGUAAGUGUAGAGGCAGCUUCA